AUGAAUAACUACUCUGACGACGACCUCGACGAUCACCGCGUCACCAGUGGUGCCGACCGAGACAGUGGUAUCGACGCUCCGAGGCACGGCGGACGAUCACAACCGAGAUCUCAUGGCGGCGGUGGUGGUGGUGGCGGCAGGCACGGACGCGAUCGCCGAAAGAACAACCGAACGCGCGCGGCAUGGGAGGAGGGCAAGUUCACAUGGGAUGUCCCCGAGGAUGAGGAAGGGAAUGUCUCCCUGACAGCGCUACUCGAGGCUGAAAAGCGGCGCCGCCUGCUGCGCGACACGACCCCUCUACAGCGGGGCAUCAUACGGCACCUGGUGCUCGUGCUCGACAUGUCGUUUGCGAUGAUGGAGAAGGACCUCUUGCCGAACCGCUUCAGGCUGAUGAUGAGCUACUCGGUAGAAUUCGUGCGUGAAUACUUUGAACAGAAUCCCAUCUCGCAGAUGGGCAUCGUCAUGAUGCGCCAGGGUCUUGCGAAGAGGGUGUCUGAGAUGAGUGGCAACCCAGCCGUGCUCAUAGACAGGUUGAGGGAGCUCGAGAAGGAUAAAGAGCCUGACGGCGACCCUAGCUUGCAGAAUGCGCUGGAGAUGUGUCGCGGCGAGCUGUUCCACGCACCUUCACACGGCACCCGUGAAGCCCUCAUAGUAUAUGGCGCCCUCCUUUCGAGCGACCCAGGCGAUAUACACGAUACCAUCAACAAUCUUGUUUCAGAUCGGAUACGUGUGUCUAUGGUGGGGCUCGCCGCCCAGGUGGCCAUUUGUUCGGAACUCUGCUCCAGGACGAAUGGAGGCAACGACAGCUGCUACUCCGUCGCCAAGGAUGAGCAACACUUCCGCGAGCUCUUACUUGAGAAAACCACACCGCCUGCCACGCUACAGGCAGAGCAGAGCAGUGCAAGCCUACUGAUGAUGGGUUUCCCAUCUCGUACGAAAGCGGAUGCGAUCAGCUUCUGCGCUUGCCAUCACAAGCCAUGCCGCGAGGGAUAUCUCUGCACGCGAUGCUCGACAAAAGUAUGCCGUCUACCAGCCGAGUGUCCCGCCUGCGGACUGACCUUGAUCUUGUCAACCCAUCUUGCCCGCUCAUAUCACCACCUCUUUCCUCUGCGCAAUUGGGUCACCGUCCCAUGGAGCGAAGCACACAAGUCGGCUGCGUGUUAUGCCUGCCUCACACCUUUCCCUCAAGUCAAGUCGAAGGACAAAGACAAGGCAAAGGGAAAGGGAAAAGGAAAAGAGAAGGAUGACAAGGCAGAGAAAAUCAGCGAGAGCGGGAGGUACGCAUGUGUCGUGUGCCACAACCACUUCUGUAUUGAUUGUGACGUCUUUGCACACGAGGUGGUGCACAACUGCCCUGGCUGCCAGAGCGACACCAGGGCUGCGGCCAAGAUGCAGGCAGAAGUGCAGGCGGUAGAGGCUGCUAAUGGUGUUACGCAUGCGAAUGGAGAGAUGAUUGUGGACUAG